AUUCCCAAAUUUUACGGGGAUGAUCCCAAAAAAACCAACAAACCCCAAAGGCGGAUCCUGGAAUUCCCAAAUCCGGGAAUAAAGUGCAGAAAUGUCCGUGGGGGGAGGGGAAUUCCCGGAUUUCUUUAAAUAAUGGGGGAGGGGGGGAUAAAUAUUCCCGUGGGAAAAGGGGGGAGGGGAUCCCAGAGUUCUCGAUCCCUGGGGAUCCCAGAGUUCUCGAUCCAAGGGGAUCCCAAAGUUCUCGAUCCAAGGGGAUCCCAAAGUUCUCGAUCCAAGGGGAUCCCAAAGUUCUCGAUCCAAGGGAGAUCCCAAAGUUCUCGAUCCAAGGGGAUCCCAAAGUUCUCGAUCCAUGAGGAAUUCCAGAUCCCAGAGUUCUCGAUCCAGGGGGAUCCCAAAGUUCUUGAUCCAAGGAGAUCCCAAAGUUCUCGAUCCAGGGGGAUUUGGAGAUCCCAAAGUUCUCGAUCCAUGAGGAAUUCCAGAUCCCAAAGUUCUCGAUCCAGGGGGAAUUGGGGAUCCCAAAGUUCUCAGUUCAUGGGAAUUCCGGAUCCCAAAGUUCUCGAUCCCCAGGGAUCCCAAAGUUCUCAUUCCAAGGGGAUUUGGGGAUCCCAGAGUUCUCAUUCCAAGAGGAAUUCCAGAUCCCAGAGUUCUCGAUCCAGGGGGAAUUCCAGAUCCCAAGGUUUUCAGUUCAUGGGGAAUUCCGGAUCCCAAAGUUUUCAUUCCCCAGGGAUCUGGGGAUCCCAAAGUUCUCAUUCCAGAAGGAUCCCAAGGUUCUCAGUUCAUGGGAAUUCCAGAUCCCAAAGUUCUCGUUCCAAGCGGAUUUGGGGAUCCCAGAGUUCUCGAUCCCUGGGGAUCCCAAAGUUCUCAUUCCAGGGGGAUCCCAAAGUUCUCAGUUCAUGGGGAAUUCCAGAUCCCAAAGUUCUCGAUCCCUGGGGAUCCCAGAGUUCUCGAUCCAGGGGGAAUUGGGGAUCCCAAAGUUCUCAGUUCAUGGGAAUUCCGGAUCCCAAAGUUCUCGAUCCCCAGGGAUCCCAAAGUUCUCAUUCCAAGGGGAUUUGGGGAUCCCAGAGUUCUCAUUCCAAGAGGAAUUCCAGAUCCCAGAGUUCUCGAUCCAGGGGGAAUUCCAGAUCCCAAGGUUUUCAGUUCAUGGGGAAUUCCGGAUCCCAAAGUUUUCAUUCCCCAGGGAUCUGGGGAUCCCAAAGUUCUCAUUCCAGAAGGAUCCCAAGGUUCUCAGUUCAUGGGAAUUCCAGAUCCCAAAGUUCUCGUUCCAAGCGGAUUUGGGGAUCCCAGAGUUCUCGAUCCCUGGGGAUCCCAAAGUUCUCAUUCCAGGGGGAUCCCAAAGUUCUCAGUUCAUGGGGAAUUCCAGAUCCCAAAGUUCUCGAUCCCUGGGGAUCCCAAAGUUCUCAUUCCAGGGGGAUCCCAAAGUUCUCAUUCCAGGGGGAUCCCAAAGUUUUCAGUUCAUGGGAAUUCCAGAUCCCAAAGCUCUCGAUCCCUGGGGAUCCCAGAGUUCUCGAUCCCUGGGGAUCCCAAAGUUCUCGAUCCCUGGGGAAUUCCAGAUCCCAGAGUUUUCAUUCCAGGGGGAUCCCAAAGUUCUCAUUCCAAGGGGAUUUGGGGAUCCCAAAAUUUUCAGUUCAUGGGGAAUUCCAGAUCCCAGAGUUCUCGAUCCAGGGGGAUCUGGGGAUCCCAAAGUUCUCAUUCCAGAGGGAUCCCAAAGUUCUCGAUCCCUGGGGAUCCCAAAGCUCUUGAUCCCUGGGGAAUUUCAGAUCCCAGAGUUCUCAUUCCAGGGGGAUCUGGGGAUCCCAAAGUUCUCAUUCCAAGAGGAUCCCAAAGUUUUUGAUCCCUGGGGAUCCCAAAGUUCUCAUUCCAGGGGGAUCCCAAAGUUCUCAGUUCAUGGGGAAUUCCACAUCCCAGAGUUCUUGAUCCAGGGGGAUUUGGGGAUCCCAAAGUUUUUGAUCCAAGGGGAUCCCAAAGUUCUCGAUCCCCGGUGAUCCCAAAGUUCUCAUUCCAUGAGGAAUACCAGAUCCCAAAGUUCUCGAUCCCUGGGGAUCCCAAAGUUCUCGAUCCAGGGGGAAUUCCAGAUCCCAAAGUUCUCGAUCCCCGGGGAUCCACCUGGGGAAUCCUUCCCUGGGAGCGCUCCCGGAUCUCUCCUCGCUCUCCCCGCUCCCAUCGGGAUCCCGCUGGGAUCGAGGGGAAUCCCUGGGAUCUGCCCCGACCAAUCCUUCCCGAAGAGCUCCCGGGAUCCGCCCGGAACAAUCCUCUGCUGGAGCAGCCCCCGGGAUCCACUGGGAGAAAUCCUUCCCUGGGAAAUCCCUGGGAUCCACUCGGAGAAUCCUUCACUGGAGCAGCCCCCGGGAUCCACUCAGAGAAAUCCUUCCCUGGGAAAUUCCCGGGAUCCACUCAGAAGAAUUAUUCACUGGGAAAGUUCCUGGGAUCCACUCAGAGAAUCCUUCACUGGGAAAUCCCUGGGAUCCACUAAGAGGAAUUAUUCACUGGGAAAUCCCUGGGAUCCACUCGGAGAAAUCCUUCACUGGGAAAGCCCCCGGGAUCCACUCAGAGAAAUCCUUCACUGGAAAAGUUCCUGGGAUCCACUCGGAGAAAUCCUUCACUGGAGGAGCUCCUGGGAUCUGCUCCAACGAGUCCUUCCUUGGGGGAGUUCCGGGAUCCACCCGGAGAAAUCCAUCCUGUGGAGAGCU